AUGGACCUAGCAGGAUUAGAUAGGACCAACUUGGUCAUUAGGAGAACAGGACCUGUUCUGAGGACUCUUUUGUACACUAGUAGUCAAGCAAUCUUUACGGGUCGACGUAAGCGUUCUAUCUCGACGUUCUUAAAAAUUUGGAAUCCGUACAAGUUUGUCUCCAAGGAAUACAAUAAUCUGGCCACGGACGCAGCGCGGAUUGACCACUUCCUGAAGUUUCUGGAUUCGCCGAUCCAACUUGCGGUGAUUGCUAAACUGGGCUCAGAUAUUACAGUGGAAGCUGUGAUCCAAUACCUGAUUGCCAACUAUGGCAUAUCUGCACACCUAACUCUGCGAGAAACCAGUUUGGAGCUGCUUGAAGAACGCCAUGAUCAAGGGAAAGGGGUGUUAGUAUCCGCAGCUGAGGGUAUUAGUGUUCAGCAGUCGUUCCAAAUUAGUGAGCUUGAGGCAACCCCAGUGCUCGUUGACCAUCGAUUGGCAGCGCUUACAGUCUUGAAACACUUGAAUUUCGACGACCGUACUGAGCAGGACCGAGAUAGGCUGCAAAAACGUAUGCGAGCGAAUGAUGGCGUAUGGAAUAAGGACCUUGCCCAACUGGCAGCGGGCCUCAUGGAGCUCCGCCUAGCUAUGAGUUCUCUUGUGUCUGCAGCAUACUCCGGGGUCCAGAAGGAGACUUUUCUGACGACUAUCGAUGACUAUGGCCCUAUGAAGCUGGCCACAGAUGUGGGCAAGCAGGUCACUGCAUUAUCUAGGCAACAACAUGGGGAGCGUCGCGAUGGACGUGACAGAGAUAACCGCAGUGUGUCGGUGUUGAGCUGUGGGUCUUAUGUUUCAGCACGUGGUCGAAGCCAUUCCCGUGACCGAGAUUAA